AUGAGGUCCACAGCGUAUGCGUCGGAGCAGAGCAACGAGGAAGCGUUGAGUCAACUGGAGGAGAGGGCUAGACUAAUCAAGGAGUUAACCAAAGACAUCCAUGGCGAGGUUCAAUCACAAAAUCGUUUCCUGGAUGGCAUGGGACUGGAAAUGGACUCUGCUAGAAGAAUGCUUGCUGGGACAGUGGAUCGCUUUACAAAAGUGUUCACUGCCGUGAUCGCCGUUGCGUGCUGCCAGCGGGGCUGUCUGGCGGUCAAAUUUGAGGUCACGGCCUACUCGAAAUGUUUAGGGGAGGAGAUUCAGGAGGGAACCCUCGUUGUAGGAACAUAUUCUAUCGUAAAGCACGACUCUCAUGGGAACCGGCUGGACGAAACCGGCAGGGUCACAGCCAAGGUGACGUCACCGUACGGGCAUCAGCUGCACUGGCAGGACAGUGUUGAAGAGGGGCAUUUCGGAUUCACAACCAAGGAGACGGGCCAGUACAUGGCGUGCUUCUGGCUACCCGUGGACCAUCCGCAAGAAAUCCACAGCGUCAUGGUCGAGCUUGAAUGGAAGAUUGGCGUAGCAGCCAAGGACUGGGGCAAAAUCGCCAAGAAGGACAAACUUGAUGGCAUCGCUCUGGAGCUGCGCAAGCUGGAUGAGGCAGUGAGAUCCAUCCGAGGGGAGAUGGCCUACUUCCGCAAGAGAGAGGCAGACAUGCGUGAUUUGAACGAGGUGACUAACUCAAGGGUGGCUUGGCUGAGCAUCGUGUCGCUGCUGGUGUGUGUGAGCCUAGCUGCCCUGCAGCUCUGGCACCUCAAGGCCUUUUUUGAGCGCAAGAAGCUGCUGUAA